AUGCCAGCGCCACGGGUUCAGGCGCCCGAACCGCCCAAGAGCUUCCAUGCCGAGACGGUCGUCCUUGUCCCAGAACCGGUUAAGGUGCAGGGAGACUGGCACGAGCCCUUGGACGUCUUCGGACCUCUGAGAACGCUGGGAGUCGGUGCAUCUGCGGCUGAUUUUGGCGCGGCAAUCACGCAGGAGCAAAUCGCCGUGCUGCGAGGCGUGUCUUCCGCCCCGGUGAAGCAGCCUGUCGCAGCCCAGUUUCUGCGAGCAGUCCGUGACGAGUAUCUCGAAGGCAAGACGGGGGCUGUCGAGACCUUCAUGACGAGGAGAGGGCCACCAGAAGAAGGUGACGAUGGAGUCCUCUAUGAAGGUGAUUUCUUGCUCACUGCCGAUGAGCAGAGGGCGCUGGCGCCCUUCAUUCAGCGGAUGCAAGACUCCUCCGACAAAACCAAAGAGUUCACAGAGAUCGAGCACCGUUGGAACGUCAAGGCUCAAGAAGACAUGCCGGAGGAGCCAGGCUUCUUCGCUUCCGUCUUCGGCGGUGCCAAGGCGGAGGCUGAGCCAGACGUGGCGCAGCAGGCAGAGCCCAAGGCUAAGGCAGAGCCCAAGGCUAAGGCAGAGCCUAAGGCCAAGGCAGAGCCCAAGGCCAAGGCAGAGCCCAAGGCCAGCGCGGCCCAUGCAGUGCCUGAGUGA